CGUUCAGAGAGGGAGUAUGUUUCGCUGUUGCUCUCGGCUCGAGACUACUUUUACGUUGUACAGUUGGAACCGGUUUUGAAAGUGUUCGAGGUGUGGCGUGGGCGAAUGCUGACUGCGUUCAACCAUAUGACAUUAUCUUUUUAAGUUCAAAAUAAACUUUUGUGUAGAUUCAAGUGCGAAAAUCGACAAGUGACUCACUAUCUACUUUCGAAACGCUAUCAUCAAAUCCAGAGCGAGCGAGACAGCUGCCACGAAGCUAAGAGCGUAAGCGGGACAACAUCUAUAGUGUCCAGUUCGAAAACCGGUUACAAGAAAGGAUAUAAGUUUUUUGUUGGAGGGAAAAAAGUGAUUUUUGAACGCAUCAUCUAGUUAUGCACGAGUUCGAAAUUCGAUUUCUGUGAGUGUGUGUGUCUUACCGGUCGUGCGUUCAGUGUUCAGAGUUUAAAAGUGGAAUUAUGAAGAUGGCCGCGCUUCCCGCCUUUUUCGGUCUGCUUAUGGUCGCUGUUGUCACAGCUCAAAAUGUUGAAAUCACUCCAUUGAAGGCAGUGCGACGCGUUGGCGACGAGCUGAUAGUACUCUGCAAAGUUCCAUAUCGCAUCGACUCCUGUCGAAUGACUGUGGGCCCCACAUCUUACCGACUGAUACCCAACAACCAAGGCGACGUGGUAUAUCAUGGUCAAGGAUUGGAGGUAGGAGAAUGCGGUGCCCAAAUCAAACACAUCAAGGAGGAGUGGAACGGGAACAUCUCCUGCGUCUUGCCGCCGAAGACUGGCAGCAUCGAGGUCUCAGGCACAAUGCAACUGCUCGUCGCAAGGGCUCCUGGAGAUCCGCAGCUGAUCUCUCCACCGCAGGCAUCUUUCAAGGAAGGUGACAUCUUCAUGGCGCAGUGCAUCGUGCCCAACGGACGACCCGCCGCCAAAAUCACUUGGUUUUUAGACGAAGAGCAAGUGCUAGCGGGCACCCACCAGCCUAUCGUGACAUCGGAGCCUGGCAGCGACCUGCAGACAAUCCGUCAGAACGUGAGCAGGGCGCUGACCGCGGACGACAGCGGCAAGAGACUGGUCUGCCGCGCCGAACACGAGAGCCUUGAUCAACCUAAAGAAGCUAGCAGGCAACUGCUUGUUAACUACCCACCGAAACGCCUUGACGAUAGCUCUAGCAUAACGAUCUUCGGGCUGAAGAUAGCAGAGGAGGGCCGUCUGAAUGUAACCGUCCGCGCCAACCCGCGCCCUCACGCUGAGUGGACAGUCGGAGAUGUCAAACUGACAGCGCCGCAGAAGAACGAAGACGCGUCCAUUGAAGCCCUCGAGCCUGUACAUUUGGGCGGUGGCUACUACAACGUGACCUUGGUACUAUCUCGCGUGGCCAAAGAGGACGUAGAUCGCACUUAUUACUUGACUGUGGCUAAUGACUUGGGUCGCGAAGAUUUCUCUGUGCGACUUAGCACUAUGGACGAACCUGCCGCGCGUAAAGCUUCGUUUUUGAUUAUCGAUAUUUACGGUGUGGAACUCGAGACCGGAGCUAUUGUGGGAAUAGUUAUAGCUGUUCUGUUUCUACUCAUCUCCAUAUUCCUCGUCGUAUUCGCCAAGGCAACUGACAGAUGGUGUUUUGCAGGGCGGUCGCACCGCACCGACAUCCCCGACGGGGCGGAUUCCGAGGCGCCUCUGCCCCCGCACGACGACGUCAAGGGCUCCGAAAACCCCUCGCACGACCACGGCGAGUACAUCAGCAAUGGUGACACAAAACACCCCGAAAAGAAACCAGACACUGCCGUCUAAAUCGUAAGUUGAAUCUGUCACUCAGACGACAACUUCGGAACUAUUCAUUUUUUAAUAUCAUUUUUAAAUUCAUUUCCUAAAUAAUAUAAGUUCCCGCUUCUGAGUGACAGUUUUAAACGAUAGCAAGUACGUUUCAAUUAUAUUGGUUUGGUAUUGCCAGAUUUUAAAUUGUUACUUAUUGAAAUGUUGGUAACGACUGAAAAUUUAUAACUAAGUUUUUCAUUAUACUGACUUAAAUGCUAUAAAGGUUAAAUGCCCUAUAAACUAUAUACUGUUCGCAUUACUGCCGCUUUUAUAAAAAUAGGUGUGCAUAAUAUAUUAAAAAUAAUUGUCUUUUUCUCAUGUUGUCCACCAUUUAGAAUGUUUACGCAACGAUCGAA